AUGGUUUUGGACAAGAAGAUUCAACCCAUGGUUAUAAGGAAUGGAAUUCACCCUACUCACUUGUUGUUUGCUGAUGACAUUUUCCUUUUUUGUAAUGGUGGACUGAAGUCUAUAGAGAAUCUGAAAAUUUUACUUAUGGAAUAUCAAGCUGCAACAGGUCAUAUAAUGAAUGCUGCCAAGAGUAAAUUUUUUGUUGAUGGAACUUAUAAUAAUAGGAAAAGAUUUAUUGCUGAUUUCUUCCAAAUGAGUUUAUCAAUUUUCCCUGACAAACACUUAGGUGUUAUCCUUGUGCAAGGUAAAGUGAAAACUAUUCAUCUUUGGCACAUUUUGGAGUAUAUGCAUAUGAGACUAGCUGCUUGGAGUGUGAAAUUGCUAAAUUUUCAGGAUAAUAUCUGUGUGUCAAAGGAGGAGGGUGGCCUUGGAAUCAGGAAAAUGGAGGAUGUUAAUAAAGCUUCACUGAUGAAAUUCUUGUGGAAGAUAUUGCAUUCUAAAGAGGAGUGGGCUAAAUUUUUUCUAGAUAAAUACUUGUAUAAGAAUGGGAAUUGGAUUAAUUACUAUAAAAGAUCUUCAGUGUGGCCUGGAAUUAAAUGGGUUAUUCCUGAAUUUAAAGAGAAUACUAGGUGGAUUGUAGGUACAGGGGAAAACAUAUCUUUAUGGAAUGAUAAAUGGGUCUUUGAAGAACCUUUGUGUCAACUCUUUCCUUCUCAUCCUUAUAUUGCGGAUCAUCCUUACAUGAAGGUACAAGACCUUAUUCUUAAUGGUCAAUGGCAAAUUCCUGAGGUCUUUCUUCAAUUCUUCACCGGUGAACAACUACCAGUAAUUAAAGGAGGAGAAGAUAUGUUGAUUUGGUGCAGCUCUCAUACUGGUCAAUUCACUGUAGAUGAUGCUGUAAAGAAAAUAAGCAACCAUCUACCUAAGCUGCACUGGUACAAAAAAAUCUGGAAUCCUGAAGUUCUCCCAUCUACUUCUGCAAAAAUUUGGAAGAUCACUAGAGGAGCAUGUGCAACUGAUGAGAAUCUAAGGAAGAGAGGUUGGAAUACUGCCUCCGAGGAUCAGGUUUUAAUAUUCUUCCUAAUUCAAAAAAGAAGAAUUCACAGGAUUAGAAUCAUUGAAUUAUACUUCCAUUUUCCUCAAGAGGGUGAAUUGUUACUUUGUUGUGGUGGUGCCUCCAUUGGCAACCCUAGUUUGGCUGGAUAUGGUUUUGUUGUCAGGGAUCAUAGUGGUGCUUUCAUUUUUGGAGAAUCUGGAGGUUUGGGGGUAGCAACCAACUAUGUGGCUGAAUUCUUUGCAAGCAUUAGAGCAUUGGAAUGGGCUUCACAUAAUCAUAAGACAAAAUUAGUGUUGCAAUCUGACUCAAAGGCUUGUAUUACUUCUCUUAUUAACCAUAACAUUCCCUGGUUUCUGUUGGCUAGAUGGCACAGGGUGAUUUCUGGUUUAUCUGUAACCUACAGGCAUGUGUAUAGAGAGAUCAAUAAUGCUGCAGACAAUUUUGCUAAGAAGGGUUCUCAUCUUCAAAAAGGGAAGACUCUGAGCUUCAACAAGAAACCUGGCAACCUUUGUCUUGAAUAUCCUAACACAAUUUAUUACAGAUUUGUGUAA